AUGAACUUGAUAAUACAUGGUGUGAUAUUUUCAUUUUCAUUAAUAUUUGUUGUUGCUUUCGGAUUACCUGAAGCUCAGCAUGUAAAAAAUGAUAAUGGAAAAGUGAGGAAAAUUGAAAAUUAUGCUGCUAACCAGAGUAGUAAUGUGGAAAAUGAUUUGGUUUUGAAGAAAGUUGAAGAAAGAGGUAAUCGUGACACUGUUUUAUCAGGCCAAUUCAGUCCAGCAAUCCAUUUCUUCUCAGACAGUGCCAAAAAUGUAGUCCACGAAAGUGCAUCCUUUCUCAGGACCUUAGUCGAGCAAAUUGUCGACAGAAAAAGACGUAGUUUAAGAAAAAUCAAAGAUGGCUUGAAAAGAUUAUGGAAAGCUAAUAAAGAUUUAGUCAAAGCAUUUUUGAACCCUAAAUUUUACGAGGCUUUAGUUAUUGGAUCUUUGGAAUUACCAAAGUUGGUGACAGAGUUGUACGAGAAGUGGGAUCCUGCUAAACUUGAUGAAGUAAUUUAUGUUGAAGCUCCUCCAGUUCUACCUGGUAUUCCAGGUAGUAAUCCAGGUGGUAUAUUUUCUACAACAGGCACGUCUGGAAGUUAUCCUGGAUCUGGUAGUUGGUCUGGAAGCGGAUCUGGAAGCGGAUCUACAAGUGGAUCUACAAGUGGAUCUACAAGUGGAUCUACAAGUGGAUCUACAAGUGGAUCUACAAGUGGAUCCGGAAGUGGGUCUGGAAGUGGAUUAUGGAAUGGGUCUGGAAUUUUACCAGGAAUAGUUCCAGGAAUACUACCCACUGCACCUUUUCAUACAUCCCUUCCAACUGGUAUAAAUAUUGCUAGUGGUAAUGGUAUAAAUUUACCAACUCUUAGGCCUUCUCAACCAGGAGGCAUUUCCAUAAAUUACAAUUAA